AUGCACACCAACAAGAGGAAAGAUGCUGGGUGGAUCGGAUCAUACGCCAAGCCUGAUGGGUCCGGCCUCACUUCCCGGCUUCAUCCUCUUCCUCCGCCAACUCGUGACGGUCAAUUUCGCAGCGGACGCGCCCACGGCUCUCUUAUCUUGGAUGCGCUCUACCAUGCCUCUCAAGGUGCGAAAUACACUACAAAGGAGCCUUUCCCGCUCCCUGGACAACGCGGGAGUCUUCUUUGCCCGUCCUGCUCAACCUGGCGCCGGCAACUCACAACCCGCGCCAGAAGCAUAGAGAAUACUGUGACACCGCGCCGAGGUGUCCAUGCUCUUCACAACACACGGUCGACUUCUCAGCGAAGCUUCACUACAUCCCCUACGAUAACGGCCGGGAAAUAUGUGCCUCCACAGUUCAAGGAACUCUACAAUGCGCUAAGUGAAGUCAAGGAUGCGGCCAUUGAGCAGGUGAGCUUGAGUCGCUUAUCGCUUGCGCUGCGUGGUCUGGAGUCCGAGGAGCCCUUGGUUCGAGUUGCUGUCCUUGGACUGGACAACGCAGAGGCUGCGCGCAAAUUGGUUCGGUUGCUUCUCGCCGACCCCCUCGGACCGCGCGAGGCAUGGGAGGAUACACUAGAGAGCUAUGAGUCCGAUCCUUCUCGUGGGUUGCUGAUUCGAUACGGCGAGACGUCCGAUUCCAUUCCCAAUGAUCUCCUUCCUACAAUUACUAUUCGCUCGCCCCUCCUCAAGAAGGGCAACAUUGAACUUCUCGUUAGUUCCAUUGGCUCUGAUCCCAAAGCAUCUGGUGUGACGCUUUCUGCCGAGUCAUUCCUCGUGCCCAACGUCGCUAUUCCCACAUCUCAUUCCGGGCGCCAGAACUUUGUUCGAUAUCCCGUGCAUUACAGUAUCAUCUGUGGAACCGGCGUCGAUGGCCUUUUGGGCUUUAGCGGCCUGAUGGGUCGAUCUAACCUUGAGAAUGAAGUGGCAUCUGUUCGUGGCGCCAUCAGCCUCUCUGGGGCGGGUCAAACCCAAAACAAGAGCGGGGUCUCCUUUGUUGAUCUCGAUCGCGCGACGGCGGCUCUCGAUAGGAUUCGAGAGUCGGUUCAGAAUGCAUCUGAAUACGAACGCGGAUGGAAUGGCAGCGGUGUUCAGCCUGUGAUCGACUGGCUGUCGACGGUCUCUCGCAAGGAAAGAGAGACUGCUUUGAGCCCUGCACUCGCUCCGCUUAUUGAGUCGCUACUGAAUGCGGCUGAGAAGGGGGUCACGGUUCGGGAGGCUGAGGCACUUCGCGAGCAAGCAGAAGGUACGGUGCCCGCGGAGGUUCGGUCUCAGCUUGAGAACGAAGUCAGCGUGUGGGCUGAGCAAGCGCAUUCGGAGCUGCGUAGCUCGCUCGAGGCAGGGUUUGCCAGUCCUCGCUGGCGCGGACUGGCAUGGUGGAAGCUGUUCUGGCGCGUUGACGAUGUGAGCAUGAUUACUUCCGAGAUUCUGGACAAACGAUUCCUUCGUCGUGCCGAGCGUGAGGUCAUUUGGACCUGGUCCACCGACGUCGGCUCUUUGGCCCACUCAAAUCUCCGAUAUGCGCAGCAAGCUGCUCUACGACAGUCCCCUCUCUGCAGGCUCUGGCGCAGAGGUCUCGUCUUCUUCAGUGUCUCCACUACCACCUUGACCUCUGCGCUUUCCGCGCUGACAUACGCCGCCGUUCCCUCUGCGUCAGUCUACGAAUCCUGUACUCUGGCAGCAGUCGGUCUGAUCUACUCGUUGCGCCGUCAGCAAAAGAAAUGGGAUGUUGCACGAGACUUUUGGGAGGAGGAAGUCCGGGAUGAGGGGCGCACAGCAUUACUCGAGACCGAAGCCCAACUGCGCAAGAUUGUCCGCGAGGGCGGCAAGCGGUUAGAAGUUUCGUCGGAUCGGCGGAUGCGAGAGCUCAUUGCACACACGCGCGCAAGACCCUUGAAGAGGUUCGGGCAUGAGUUCCGUCAUCACGUUCAACCUUAUCCACACCAGUCCCGGAAAGUCAUGUAUCUCAUGGUCAAGACCGCCUUGGGAAUACCGCAAAUGGUCAAGGUGAGGGAUGAGGUAUGUCGAAUCAAGAACACGGCCGACACAUUCAGCAGAAACGCGACGAGACAGUUGCCGAACAGAGUCGGGGCCCCCCAGAUCUGGAUACAGUCAAAGAUGGCCGGGGGACCAUCGACCAGCAUUGCGGCGAAGAGACAGAAUACCAUGCAGACUGGCGCAAAGUGGGAGUGCGGUGAGCGGGUCCAUUUUGACUCCCGAUGGACUGAGGAGGAGUUCGGAGAGGGCGAGACGGAUCGCCUCGCUGGCGAUUCCGGCGCAUUGGAUGAGGAUUCCGACGGUGUUGAAGUGGACUUCGCCGUAGGAAGAGAUGAAGACACCGAGGCAGAUGACCAGGAUGGUGAGGAAGAUGGCGAGGUCGAUGCGUUAGAGGCCGAGAAGGUUGCCGACGAGAAGCAUGACGACGGGGCCGAUGGACUGGAGGGGGGGAAGUGGGGAUGA